AUGCCUCUGUGCGACACCGGUGAAAAAUACUGGACGGACUUUGCGACACAGCGUUUUUUUUUUGGUUGUGAAAACUGUACUCGUGUAUUCAGUAUUACAUUUUAAAAGAAAAUGUCAAGUGAAGAUAGAGAAACAAAGCGGCCCUAUUAUAAAGAAGAGGAGCAGCAGAGUAGUGAAUCUGAUGAUGACUAUGUGCCUUAUAUUCCUGUCAAGAAGAGAAAACAGCAAAUGUUGCAGAAGAUUUUGCAUUUGCGGGGAAAGGGCUUGACUGAAGAAGACCAGAAAGACAGUGGUAGUGAGCACAGAGAUGAUGAUGAAGGUCUGGGUCCACGUUCCAAUGUUAGCUUACUGGAUCAGCACCAGAAUCUGAAGGCUAAAGCUGAAGCACGCAAGGAAUCUGUAAAAGAGAAACAGUUGAAGGAGGAGGAAAAGAUCCUGGAAAGUGUAGCUGAAGGAAGAGCUUUGAUGUCUGUGAAGGAAAUGGCAAAGGGCAUUACCUAUGACAAUCCAAUAAAAACAAGUUGGAGAGCUCCUCGAAAUAUUAUUAACAUGCCUCCAGCUCGUAAUGAUCGAGUGAGGAAAAAAUACCAUAUUUUAGUAGAAGGUGAAGACAUUCCACCACCAAUCAAGAGCUUUAAAGAGAUGAAGUUUCCUGCCGCAAUUUUAAGAGGUUUAAAGAAGAAAGGUAUUGUACAUCCAACACCAAUUCAGAUCCAGGGAAUACCGACAAUAUUAUCAGGAAGAGAUAUGAUUGGAAUUGCAUUCACUGGCUCAGGGAAAACACUUGUUUUUACAUUACCUCUAAUAAUGUUCUGCUUAGAGCAGGAAAAGAGGCUGCCAUUUUUCAAGAGGGAAGGACCCUAUGGACUUAUCAUUUGCCCCUCACGGGAGUUAGCCAGACAGACUCAUGGUAUUAUUGAAUAUUACUGCAGACUUCUUCAGGAGGAUGGUGCUCCUCUGCUCCGCUGUGCCCUCUGUAUAGGGGGUAUGUCAGUCAAGGAACAGAUGGAAGUUGUCAAAAAUGGUGUUCACAUGAUGGUAGCAACACCAGGACGGCUAAUGGACCUACUGCAGAAGAAAAUGGUGGGAUUGGAUAUAUGCCGAUACCUUGCUCUUGAUGAAGCUGACAGGAUGAUUGAUAUGGGUUUUGAGGAGGAUAUAAGGACCAUUUUUUCCUACUUUAAGGGUCAAAGGCAAACUCUUCUGUUCAGUGCCACCAUGCCAAAAAAAAUACAGAAUUUUGCAAAGAGUGCCCUAGUUAAGCCCAUUACUAUCAAUGUUGGCCGUGCUGGUGCAGCCAGUUUAGAUGUUAUUCAGGAAGUGGAAUAUGUUAAAGAGGAAGCAAAAAUGGUAUAUUUGUUGGAAUGUCUUCAGAAAACUCCACCACCGGUUCUAAUAUUUGCUGAGAAGAAGGCAGAUGUGGAUGCCAUCCAUGAGUAUCUGCUACUGAAAGGGGUUGAAGCUGUUGCAAUUCAUGGAGGCAAAGAUCAAGAAGAGAGAACAAAGGCUAUUGAAGCUUUCAAAGAAGGCAUGAAAGAUGUACUUGUGGCUACAGAUGUUGCUUCUAAGGGGCUUGACUUUCCUGCAAUUCAACAUGUUAUUAACUAUGACAUGCCAGAGGAAAUUGAGAAUUAUGUCCACAGGAUUGGGCGUACUGGUCGAUCAGGAAACACUGGUAUUGCUACUACAUUUAUUAAUAAAGCUUGUGAUGAGUCAGUGCUAAUGGAUUUAAAAGCUCUCCUGAUUGAAGCAAAACAGAAGGUGCCUCCUGUAUUGCAAGUGUUGCAGUCUGGUGAUGAGACUAUGUUGGACAUUGGAGGAGAGAGGGGUUGUACCUUCUGUGGAGGUUUGGGACAUCGCAUUACUGAUUGUCCAAAACUGGAAGCAAUGCAGACGAAACAAGUCAGCAACAUUGGGCGCAAGGAUUACUUGGCUCACAGUUCAAUGGACUUCUAGGUUUUUCUUUUUUUUUUUCCUUCCAAGUAUGGAAGAAGUGGUUGAUGGGACAAAAUUAAUGCAAGAAAGAUCAACAGCCCCUCUCCAGACUUAAUGUUAGGCAUAAAAGGAUGAGAUCUUCAGAGCUCAUUUAUGGAGACUAAUUGCCAUCAGAAAGUGCAACAACUGCUGUACGUUUGUUGUGAACUGCAGACAGACCUGUUACAUUAAGUUGAAAGUAUCUUUUGUAUCCGGAUUCUGAGAAUCUUGCUAGUUUAGAUAGCAGGAUAUGUUUCACCAUAACUAUUACUACAGUGUUGAGAAGAUGUUCCUGCCCAUGAUUUGACUGGCUUUGACAGAAAUGAAUUGGCUCUGCUUUAUUGAAGCAGAGCCUUUAACUUUAAAUUGAAAUAUGUCAGUUUUGAGUUGCAUAUAUAAUGAUUACUUCAAGAUGUUUUCACAUUUUAACUACUUUAAACUUGGGUUGAAAUCUCAUGUUAAAAUACAUUCAGUUUAAUGAAUGUAUACAUUUAUAUGUAUUUUUAAACAUUUUGUUUCAAGACCAUAAUAUAUUACUUCCAAUUUGUGUGGAGAAAAAUCCUGGUAACUGGGCUACAAAUCAAAUGUGUGAUCAUCUGAAUGUAAAAACAGCAGUUCUAACUUUUAUGCAACCAAUUUUUUUUUAAGCUAAUUUAUUAAUCAAAAGUAAAUUGAUUACAUGUUUAAUAAGAUGCUUCCGUUUUUUGUAAUACUUGUUUAUGUGAAAAUGUAAUAAUUCUCUUUUAGUUGUGAAAAAAUAUAAAAAAUAUAUAUACUUUUA